ACUUGGAACAACAGAAUGUAUUCUGUUAGGACUGUAGAUGCAGAUUUUUACGUGGGAAAACCUAUAGAUGGCUUAGAUAUUUUGUUUUCUAAAUUUCGCGAGGCGAAUGUUAACCGUGUUCCAGUUUUGACGAUAUUUGGCUCAACUCCUGGUGGACAGAAAACUUGUGUUCAUAUUCAUCAAGUAUUUCCUUACUUAUACAUACCUUACGAUGGAACUAAACCCACAGAUAAAUAUCUGAAACAAUUUACGACAAGUGCAGACUUUGCUGUUCAAGUUGCGUUUGGUAGAACAUCAUCUUCUAUGAAAUACGUUCAUAAAACUGAAAUUGUUAAAAAAAUACCAUUUUAUGGGUAUCAUGAGAACGAAGAAGAGUUUAUUAAGAUGGAGUUGUACAAUCCAAGAAUAAUUCCCAAACUUGUUGAUCUUCUUCAGAAUGGAGCUAUAUUGAACAAGUCAAUUCAACCGCACGAAGCUCAUGUUCCUUAUAUUCUACAGAUAAAAAUCUUUCAUAUAAUAAUAAAUCAAUUCCACUUCAUGGUUCAUCUCCAAAUUCAUUUCUCAAUUUUCCUUCAUCUCAACACUGGAAUGAAGACACUAUUCCUAGAAAUUUAUGCCUGGAUCCUACUGUGAAAAAAGUCAGUCGUUGUGAACUUGAAGUUGAUGUAAUUGCUGAAGACAUCUUGAAUCAAAUAAAUGUUGAAAGUUGUAUUGGUCAUAAUCCUGGUAUAACUGCUAUGUGGGAAGAUGAAAGACAACGAAGAUGAGAUAAUGGACUAUCUUCACAAGUUGCUCUUCCUGUUUCACAAGAAUUUGGAGGAUCCGAUUGUUGACAUUUUUCAAUUUUCAAUUCCAAUUUUUCACUGCUAUGGGCAUGUUGGACGAUGCCAAGUUAAAUUUAGUCCCCGUCGUAAAGAAGGAUUUGGCCUAACUGACGGUGAGAUGUUGGAGAUUGUGAGCUUACAU